AAAGAGGAGGAAAUUAUCCCGAAUUGUUACAGGAAACAACUACAUCAUGCAAAAACCCUGCAAAGAAAAUCAAGGGAAACUCAAGUGCAGCAUGCCAAAGAGAGAAGAAAAACGCCCCUAUGGAGAAUUUGAACGCCAGCAAACUGAAGGGAAUUUUAGGCAAAGGCUGCUUCAGUCUCUCGAGGAAUUUAAAGAGGACAUAGAUUAUAGGCAUUUUAAUAAUGAAGAAAUGGCAAGAGAGGGAGAUGAGAUGGAAAGCUGCUUGAAGGAGAUAAGGGGUCUGAGAAAGAAGUUUAGGGCUCUGCAUUCUAACCGUAGGCAUUCCCGGGACCGUCCUUAUCACAUUUGAUGCAUUUCUCCCCUGAAUUCAACUAUUUUCUGUUAUUAAUAUCGCCACCACUGGGUUCUUUUGGUCUGCAUUUUCUUACUAAAUAUUUAUUAUCAUUUUACUCCAAUUCAAUGUUCCUUUAAUUUACAUAUGACUUAUUACCAACAUCUCAUCUUUUGACCCAAUCUCAUUCAAUAGAAUGUUUCAUUCAUUUGCAUGAGGAGAUGCUCAUUGAAUAUUGUAAAGUAAAAACAAUACUUUGCAAAACAUUAUACAAUACAUAUAUAAUGAACAUUUAUAUAUGAUAUAAUGCAAAAAAAGUCUGAAUUAUUAUACACCAAAACAUUAACAGUGACUCUCUGUGUGAUCUGUACCUAUUUAUUUUUUUACCUAUCUGGAUCUUCUCAUUUUCCAAAAAAAACAAAACAAAACAAAGUACAUA